CGCGUCACGCUCUCCCCCGCCCCGAGCCGACGAGCCGGGAGGCGGCGGCCGGGCGGCCACUGCUGCAGUGAGGCAGGUGGCGGCGACCGGCGGCGUCCGAGGCGGACCACGCUGCCCGGCGAAUGCAAGCGGAGAGCACCGGCUUUGGAUGUUUCUCUUCUGAAGCUGGACUUGGAAGUCAGCUCCAGCAUUCUCUCUGGAUUGCUCUCAGAACUUGCUUCCCCGGCUCACACACGCUGCAGGUUGUUCUAGAAGAGAAGGGGCUGUGGUCCCCAGAUUUCACCCAGAGGCUGGCUUUGCUUUAGAAACACCCACAGCUGCCUUGAUGGUUGGGGAAAGAUAGUGACCGGAAGCAGAGAGAAGUAGCUCCGAAGUAGCUCCGACACCCCGGGAAAUGAGCGUGCUGAAGCCGAGCGGGCUGAAGGCCCCUUCCAAGAUCCUCAAGCCGGGGAGCACAGCCCUGAAGGCCCCUGCCGCUGUUGCAGCUCCAACGGAAAAAACAGUAUCUACUGAAAAAGCAUCAAGUGUCCCACCCUCUGAGGCCCAGGAGGAAUUUAUCGAUGACUUCCGUGUUGGCGAGCGUGUUUGGGUGAAUGGCAAUAAGCCUGGAUUUAUUCAGUUUCUUGGAGAGACCCAGUUUGCACCAGGCCAGUGGGCGGGGAUUGUUUUAGAUGAACCCAUAGGCAAGAACGAUGGUUCAGUAGCUGGAGUGCGUUAUUUCCAGUGUGAACCACUCAAGGGCAUUUUUACCCGACCGUCGAAGUUAACAAGGAAAGUGCAAGCAGAAGAUGAAGCCAACGGCCUGCAGCCGCCAUCGGCCCCCAGAGCCACGUCACCCAUGUCCACCCCUGCAGCCUGCGUGGCGGCGUCCUCCCUGGCCACACCUGCAAAUGGCUCCCAUAAGUCACCCCAGCCAACAGCAAAGGAACCUGCAGCCACGUCCCAGGCCACGUCCCAGGUCAGCAACCUUACAAAAACCGCCAGCGAGUCCAUCUCCAACCUCUCAGAAGCUGGGUCAAUCAAGAAGGGAGAGAGAGAGCUCAGAAUCGGAGACCGAGUGUUGGUCGGAGGCACCAAGGCUGGCGUAGUCCGGUUUCUUGGGGAGACAGACUUUGCCAAGGGGGAAUGGUGUGGCGUGGAGCUGGACGAGCCCCUCGGGAAGAACGAUGGCGCGGUGGCCGGGACGAGGUACUUUCAGUGUCAAGCCAAAUACGGCUUGUUCGCUCCCGUCCACAAAGUGACCAAGAUUGGCUUUCCUUCCACCACACCAGCCAAGGCCAAGGCCGCCGCGGUACGGCGAGUGAUGGCCACCACACCUGCCAGCCUGAAGCGCAGCCCUUCCGCCUCGUCCCUCAGCUCCCUGAGCUCGGUGGCCUCGUCCGUGAGCAGCAAGCCGAGCCGCACCGGAUUACUGACUGAGACCUCCUCCCGGUACGCGAGGAAGAUCUCCGGCACCACUGCCCUCCAGGAGGCCCUGAAGGAGAAGCAGCAGCACAUUGAGCAGCUGCUGGCUGAACGGGAUCUGGAGAGGGCGGAGGUGGCCAAGGCCACGAGCCACGCGGGGGAGAUAGAGCAGGAACUAGCCUUGGCCCGGGAUGGACACGACCAGCAUGUCCUGGAGCUCGAGGCCAAGAUGGACCAGCUGCGCACCAUGGUGGAGGCAGCUGACCGGGAGAAGGUGGAGCUUCUCAACCAACUGGAAGAAGAGAAGAGGAAGGUUGAGGAUCUUCAGUUCCGUGUCGAGGAAGAAUCGAUCACCAAAGGCGAUCUUGAGGUGGCCACGGUGUCAGAAAAGUCACGUAUAAUGGAACUGGAGAAAGACCUAGCAUUAAGGGUACAGGAAGUAGCAGAGCUCCGAAGACGCCUGGAGUCCAGCAAACCUGCCGGCGAUGUGGACAUGUCGCUCUCCCUUUUGCAAGAGAUAAGUUCUUUGCAAGAGAAAUUGGAAGUCACCCAGGCUGACCACCAGAAAGAAGUGGCUUCUCUGAAGGAGCAUUUGGGAACCCAGGAAGAAACCUUUCAGAAGGAGGUGAGAAGUCUUCAGGCCACCACCGAGAAGCUCUGCAAGGAGAAUGAGUCCUUGAAAAGCAAGCUUGAUCACGCCAACAAAGAGAACUCGGACGUGAUCGCGCUGUGGAAGUCGAAGCUGGAGACUGCUAUCGCGUCCCACCAGCAGGCCAUGGAGGAGCUCCAGGUGUCCUUCAGCAAGGGUGUCGGGACAGAGACGGCAGAGUUUGCCGAGUUAAAAACGCAAAUAGAGCAAAUGAGACUGGAUUACCAGCACGAGAUAGACAGUCUGCAGAGCAGACAAGACUCUGAGCGGUCUGCUCACGCUAAAGAGCUGGACGCCCUGAGGACGAAGCUGCUGAAGGUCGUCAAGGAAAAGGAGGACAGUUUGGAAGCCCUCAAGUCCAAGCUGGACAGGGCAGAAGACCAGCACCUCGUAGAGAUGGAAGACACGCUAAACAGACUGCAGGAGGCCGAGACCAAGGUAAAGGAGCUAGAGGUACUGCAAGCCAGAUGCACUGAGCAAACCAAGGUCAUUGAUGAUUUUACAUCACAGCUCGCGGCCGCCAAAGAGAAGCUCUUGGAUCUGGACGCCCUUGAGAAGGCCAGUUCCGAAGGUAAAUCGCAAAUGGAGACGCUUAGGCAGCAGCUCCAGGCGGCCAGGAAGCAGGUAGAAGCUUUAGAGAUGGAGAGGGACGCCGAAAGCGGCAAGGCUAGUAGCGUUACCAAAGAGCUCCAGGGGAAGGAGUUAAAACUUACUAAACUCGAGGAGAACUUGAGUGAAGUCAGUCACGUGAAAGAGGCCUUGGAAGCAGAACUCCAGGUCUUGAAAGAAAAGUUUGCUGAUGCUUCCGAGGAGGCGGUCUCUGUUCAGAGAAGUAUGCAAGAAACUAUUAAUAAGUUACACCAAAAGGAAGAAGAGUUUAACCUACUGUCUUCAGAAGUGGAGAAGCUGAGAGAAAACUUAGCAGAUAUGGAGGCCAAGUUCAGAGAGAGAGAUGAAAGAGAAGAACAGUUGGUCAAGGCGAAAGAAAAACUGGAAAAAGACAUUGCAGAGAUAAUGAAGAUGUCAGGAGACAACUCCUCCCAGCUGAGCAGAAUGAACGAUGAGCUGCGACUGAAGGAGAGAUGUGUAGAAGAAUUACAGCUGAAACUGACAAAAGCCAAUGAAAAUGCGAGUUUUCUGCAGAAAAGCAUUGGAGAAGCAGCUCUCAAGGCCGAGCAGAGCCAGCAAGAAGCAGCCGGAAAGCAUGAAGAAGAGAAAAGAGAAAUGCAGCAGAAAGUGCUGGACCUGGAAAAGCAGGUGGAAACAAGCCACAACCAGUGUCAGGACCUGAAGGCCAGGUACGAGAAAGCCAGCUCGGAGAUGAAAGCGCAGCAUGAGGAAACGCUGCAGAACCUGCAGAAGAUGCUGCUGGACGCUGAGGAGAAGCUCAAGGCCGCCCAGCAGGAGAACAGAGACUUGCAGCAGGAGAUGGAGGAGCUGAGGACACAAGCUGACAAGGCCAAAUCGCUAACUUAUUUGUUAACAUCAGCCAAAAAAGAAAUUGAACUAAUGUCAGAGGAGCUGAGGGGCCUGAAGUCAGAGAAGCAGCUUCUUGCUCAGGAGGGCAAUGCUUUAAAGUUAGAAAAAGGCUCGCUUUUAUCAAAGCUCGUAGAAAUGGAGGCCAAAAUAGCUUUGCUACAGGAAGAUCAGCAGAAGCUGUGGUCAGCAAACGAAGCUCUCAGCUCCAAGAAGGAAAAAGCCUUGGAAGAAAAGCAAGAUGCCGAGAAGGCUUACCAGCAGGAAUGUCUUGAUAAAGAGGCUUUGGCUGUGGAACGAGAGAAAUUGCUCAAAGAAAUCAGUAUCGCCCAGGAAGAAGUGUUGAAGAUGAGCGUGGAGAAUGACACUCUGCAGGCCGCCAAGGCGAGCCUUGAGGUGCUCAUGCAAGAGCUCCAGCUCAGCCACGACACUCUGCUGGCCGAGUCCAAGAGGGGUCAGGAAGGGACAGACCGCCUGGAGGGGCAGAUCCGAAAGCUGAUGGCCGAGAACCUGGCCUUGGCGAAAGACAAGGACGACGUGAUUCAGAAACUGCAGAGCUCCUACGAGGAGCUGGCCAGGGACCAGAAGGCCCUGGUUCAGGAGAUUGAAGACCUCACGAAUGAGAAGAGGUCAGUCCUGGAGAAGCAGUCAGGCCUCGACAGCAUGUGCCUCACCUUGCAGGUGGAGCGGGACAGCCUGCUGCAGAGCAACAGGGACCUGCAGGUGGAGAAGGAUGCGCUGCUUCAAGGCCGGGAGAAGCUCAGCGCCAGCCUGGAGGCCGCCCUCCAGGUCAAGGAGCUGCUCAGUGCUGAAGCUGCCGAGCUGCAUGCCCAGCUAGACUGUGCCGGCAAAGCCCUGAGGAAGGCCGAGCUGGAGACCCGGCAGCUGCAGGCCAGCAACGCCAGCCUCACCAAGCUCCUGGAGGAGAUCAAGACCAGCCGGGCCAUCACGGACUCCGAGUGCAUCCAGCUCUUGCACGAGAAGGAGUCCCUGGCGGCCUCUGAGAGACGGCUGCUGGCCGAGAAGGAGGAGCUCCUGAGCGAGAGCAAGGUCAUGAGCGAGCAGCUCAGCAGACGCUCGGAAGAGGCCGCCCACACCGAGCUGAGCCUGAGCGAGAAGAUCACCAGCCUGGUGUCCGAGAAGGAGCUGGCGUGCCAGAAGUUGACCAAGCUGAAGAAACAGCAGGAAGGCCUCUUGAAGGACAAAUCGGCCCUGGAGAAGCAAAAUGGUGAUCUACUAGCAGAGAGAGAGAGUUCCAUCAAAGCCAUCGGAGACCUGAAGAGGAAAUACGACCAGGAAUCGGCCAAUAGAAGGCUCGCGGUGCACGAGAAGAUGAAGCUGCUGGGUAGCAUAGAUGCGCUGAAGAAGGAGCUUCUUGAAAGGAAGAGGGAGAACCAGGAGCUGGCGUCGAGCAAGCGCGACCUCUCCCUGUUGCUGCAGGAGGCUCAGGAGGCCGCCAGGAGCCUGGAGAAGGAGCGCGGCGACAUGCUGCAGGCCAGGGAGCGUCUGGACGCGGAGCUGAAGACGUGCUGCUGCGAGAAGAGCAUGCUGCUGCGGGACGGCCUGAACCUGCAGGACGAGUGUCAGAAGCUCACCGAGGAGAUCCACACGCUGCAGCAGUCCUUGCUGCUGGAGCAGGAGGCCAGGGCCAAGGAGAGCGAGACGGCUCUGUACGAAAGCAACAAACUGCACGGGCGCCUGGUGCUGCUGGAGCAGGAGGCGGCAGGGCUGAGGGCGUGCACUGAGGAGCUGCAGGCUGAGAAGCUUGUGCUGCUGCAAGACAAGGCCCAGGCCGAGCAGAAGGUGGCUGAGAUCAUCAAGGAGAAGGAGCUCCUGAGCGCCGAGACCUCUCAGCUCGCCGCAAACAUAGAGACGCUGAAAAGCGACUUCACCACCUUGUCCAAGUCCAAGUCGGAGCUCCAGGAACUGCACAGCUGCCUCACCAAGAUCCUGGAAGAUCUGCGGCUGAACCAUGAGGUGACCGUGGCAGAGAGAGCCCAGGUGGCUCAAGACAACCAGAGCCUGCUGGCCGAGCAGAGGGAGCUGAUGCUGAGGCAGGCCGAGCUCCUCAAGGAGAAGGAGACGCUAGAAGACAGCUACUUCGUUCUUCAGAAGGAGCUCAGCCAGCUGGCCAAGACCAACAGCCACAUCUCAGCCAAGCUCCUCGAGGCGCAGGCAGAGAACCGCACCUUGAGGAAGGACAAGAGCAAGCUGAGCCUUAAGCUUAGAGAGCUCCAGAUGCUGCAGCCGUUCACGGCGACGCAGGCAACAGAAGACACCCUACAGAUAAUGGAACAGAUGACCAAAGAGAAGACGGAAACACUGGCCUCGCUGGAGGACACCAAGCAGACAAAUGCAAAACUGCAGAAUGAAUUGGACACACUUAAAGAAAACAACCUGAAAAAUAUGGAAGAGCUCAACAAGUCAAAAGAACUUCUGACUGUAGAGAACCAAAAAAUGGAAGAAUUUAGGAGAGAAAUAGAAACCCUGAGGCAGGCAGCAGCUCAGAAGUCCCAGCAGCUCUCAGCACUGCAAGAGGAGAACGUCAAACUUGCCGAGGAGCUGGGGAGAAGCAGGGACGGAGUCACGAGCCACCAGAAGCUGGAAGAAGAAAGAUCUGUGCUCAAUAAUCAGUUGUUAGAAAUGAAGAAGAGAGAAUCCAAGUACAUCCAAGAUGCGGACGAAGAGAAGGCUUCCUUGCAGAAAUCCAUCAGCAUCACCAGUGCCUUGCUCACAGAGAAGGACGCGGAGCUGGAGAAGCUGAGGAAUGAGGUCACCGUGCUCAGGGGAGAGAACGCCUCGGCCAAGUCCCUGCAUUCUGUUGUGCAGUCUCUGGAGUCAGACAAGGUCAAACUCGAGCUCAAGGUGAAGAACCUGGAACUUCAGCUCAAGGAGAACAAGAGGCAGCUGAGCAGCUCCUCAGGUAACACUGAUCCUCAGGCCGAAGAGGACGAGCGGGCCCAGGAGAGCCAGAUUGAUUUCCUAAAUUCAGUGAUAGUGGACCUCCAGCGGAAGAACCAAGACCUCAAGAUGAAGGUGGAGAUGAUGUCUGAGGCAGCGCUGAACGGAAACGGCGAGGACCUGAACAGUUACGACAGUGAUGACCAGGAAAGGCAGUCCAAGAAGAAACCCCGCCUCUUCUGUGACAUCUGUGACUGUUUUGAUCUGCAUGACACGGAGGACUGUCCCACCCAGGCACAGACAUCGGAGGACCCUCCACACUCCACGCACCAUGGCAGCCGCAGCGAGGAGCGCCCCUACUGCGACAUCUGCGAGAUGUUUGGGCACUGGGCCACCAACUGCAACGACGACGAGACCUUCUGACGGAGCCGCAGUCCAGCAUCGCGGGUGGGCGCACGCCCGGAGAACUCAUGCUACCUUGACCCCCCCCCUCCCCCCCGUCCCUCGACAAAUCUAAGGAAAUAUUUUGGUCUUCAACAAAUCGUCCUGUUAGUCUCCCCACUCCUAAGUUAGACUAAUAAACAUUGGGUAGGUGAGUUUUCACCUGUUCUCUCCUGUUCUCUGGAUCUUUCGGUCUGGAGACAUCGUACCAGAUGCCAUUACACCUGUUUGUCCCUAGAGAAACCUCACAAAGCAAUCCUCACCCCUACCUUAUUUAAAUACCUUUAAAUUAUGCCGUUAUUUUUCAUAUUUGCACUAAAAUAUUUCCAGGCUGCAUUUUUUUUUUGUAUAUUUAGAAGUUUGUUUUUUUUUUUUUUUUUAUGAAUCUUUGACACUGGAAUGAGUUGAAAAAAAAGUGCUAUUUUGCUUUUUCACUGACUCGUUAAUAAGUCUUUUAUUCCUAAUCAAAGAAAUAGCUGAGCUCUUUGCACUACCCGUUAUCUGUGGUGCCUUUUUAUCAGGCUUGACAAUGAGCAGGUAUGAUCGAAUCCUGAAGCAGCAGAAGGCGGCGUGAGGACACGCGGGUGCACGCGCAUGCGUGUGCCCACCACCCUCCUGGGCUGUUCUGCAUCCAUUUUGCGUACUUCCAGCUUCCAUAUAGUAUUGUGUAUAUAUAUAUAUUUUUUUUAAAAAACCUAUAUUUUGGAACAAAACAUACACAGCGUGUCUUUCUUUGCAGAUUUUUACCUUUAAAUGAUCAUCAGGAUACAAUAAACUAAGCCCGAGACAGCAUCAAGUGGCGUUGCAACUGUUUUCUUCCCUUUUGUUUCAUUUUGUUUAUCUAGGAGAGUUUGUUUUUCUUUCUCUAGUACUGUCUCCAGAAGCCGAGCAGACCACUAGAAGACACCAAAAUUAAUCUAACGUCUUCCUUUAGAAGUUUUUAAAAACUAUUUUUACAUGAAUGUAUGAUGAGAAAUUCAACAACAAUUUUGGAUUUUCUUAUCACAAAAAGAGUGAAGGACCUCAGUGAAGGGGAGUGUUUAUCAACCAGUCUGAAUCUGUUUGUCUUUCUUUGAAUGUCUCCUCAAGUAUGUAAAGAGUGACAGAGUGUAUCUUCCACGCUCCAUGUACCAUACGAACAGCUGGAACUGUACAUAUGCCUUGGAUGUAUUUUUCCCCUCCAGAUUAUCAACUGUGUGCUGGCUAAGUGACUAUUAAGUAAAUCUGUUCCCAGAUGAAACUUUUAGUUAUAAAUCCAAGAGGACUUGUUUCAGAAUCAAAACAUGAUGUAAAACAGUGUUAAAACUCAAGCAAAAAAAAAAAGUGUUCUGUAUCCACUUUAAUAAAAGAGUAUUUUUUUUGUCA